AAUAGCGGGUGUAAAGUGGAUUUGAACUUGCAGCCAGAGGAGAGGUGUAGGAGGUCCGACCCGCACACGGACGCAGACAGACGCAGAGAGACGCGCCCUCAGACCCGCGGUUAGUUCGGGACCUCCGGGACUUUCUGUUGGAGAAGUUGAAACUGAGUCAGGACACCUGGAUUUCUGGACUUUUGCUUUUUUAGCAUUUAAGAGAUCGUGUUGAGAUGAUUCCACACAUCCUCACACACCUGCUCUGCCUGGUGUGUGUGUGUUCUGCUCGUCCUCAACCAGGUGAGUCGAGCCCAACAGGAAAUGAUGCGACGAGAGCCUUAAAAAAAGCAUCACCUCACUCCAUGAAGAUGGAGCAGAACUCUCCUGCGACCGGCUCCCUGGCAGGGAGGGUGGUGCUGCCGUGCCACUUCUCCAUAACGCCAGUUUCUCCCAGCAGCUCCACACACGCUCCCUCACACACCACACUAGCUCCCACACCUGCGCCCCUCCUCGCCUUGGACGCCGCCCAGAGUCCCGAGGGGCAGCUGAGGAUCAAGUGGACCAAGCUGGAGGGAGACAGGGAGAAGGUGGUGCUGGUGGCGCAGGGAGGGGUGGUCAAGGUGGGGCAGGACUACAAGAGCAGGGUGUCGGUGCCCAGCCAUCCGCUGUCGGUCGGGGACGCCUCUCUGGUGAUGGUACGGCUCAGGGCCAGCGACGCCGGGCUGUACCGCUGUGAGGUCAUGCACGGGAUGGAGGACACCCAGGACACCGUCAGCCUCAACGUCACUGGUGUGGUGUUCCACUACAGAGCGAGCACCAGCCGCUACACUCUGGAUUUUCCCCGAGCUGUGGAGGCGUGUCGCGCUGCAGGCGCCGCCAUCGCCUCACCUGAACAGCUGACGGCCGCUUUUGAGGACGGCCUCGACCAGUGUGACGCAGGCUGGCUCUCAGACCAGUCGGUCAGAUAUCCAAUCACAACGCCCCGAGGUGGCUGCGCAGGUGAUCUGGUGAACAGACCGGGCGUGAGGACAUACGGCAUCCGCGACCCCACAGAGGAAUACGACGUGUACUGCUACGUAGAUAAACUCCACGGCGAGGUCUUCUAUCCUCCGUCUGCCAGCGAUAAACUCACCCUGCAGCAGGCGAGGGAGGAGUGCGAGAAGCACGACGCCGUCUUGGCGUCGCCCGGUCAGCUGUUCGCGGCCUGGAGGGCGGGGCUGAACCGCUGCGACUACAGCUGGCUGUCCGACGGCAGCGUCCGCUACCCCAUCACCGUGCCCAGGCCUCAGUGUGGCGGAGGCCUGCUGGGGGUCCGCACGCUCUACAAGUACGAAAACCAAACCGGCUUCCCAGACCCCACCGACAAGCACGGAGUUUUCUGCUUCAAGGCUAAACUACCAGAGAGCACGAGUCCACCGAUGACCCCAGCUGAGUAUAAACCUGACAGCCCCUCAUACGCUUCCCAGACUUCAACACCCGGACCGCUUCUAGGUCCUGAAAGAGCUGAAAUCCAAGCAAGAACCUCACAUCCUGUCGCAUACUCACCAACAAAGAGACCACACACAGCCUCACCAGACCAACACGGAGCCCCCCACGCAGACCACACCACAGCCUUUGUGACCCCCACUCCAAUGUUAGACGACUACGACGUUCAAGAUUUUAAUGACUCUCACAAGGUAGAGUCGAUACCACUUAGAGGAGACGCUUUGUUCCCCAUUAUGCUCCCUCCAUUGCCCACCACACGCUCGCAGCCCGCACACCUCGACACCCCCCACGGUGGAGAGGAGGGAGGCCAGGCAGGGUCAGGCCAAGAUGAGAGCAGCGGCAGCGGGGAGGGAGGCAGCAGCGAUGGCAGCUCGAGUGGAGCGGAGGUGGGAGCAGUGGUGAGCCCAACACAGGUGUGGGUAGAACCCACAUCGAGACCAAACUGGCUUCUAGAGACCACGUCAGGAUCUGAGCAGGGGCUAGAAACCACAUCGAGACCAUCACAGCUUCUAGACCACGUCACCUCUGAAAUUCACACCCCAGAUCCGGGCCUCCCAGCCAAGACCGCUGAGGCGGGACAGCAACCCGCAGUUGUUUUUAAAGAGGACGUCACCCCUGGAACUACACUGACGUCUGAGCUCGACCAAUCACCAGCCGUACCUGUAGAUGGAGAGUCAGCCAAACCACCUUUCCAUCUCAUCAUCGUCAAUGUGCACGACCGGAAUCAAUCAGUCGACCGUAUCCUGGACAUCUUGAACCAGCCUGUGAACGGCAUCGUGAGUUCCCAUCCGAACCUCCCUCAGAUCACCGACCUUUCACAGGUGACCAGCGUAGACGUCGACCCUCUGGAGCCCGCCCCCAUCAACCUGCCUCCAACCGUCAGCUUUGUCAAUGGAAAGCACGAGGUGACGUUUGAGCCACAGCUGCCGGAGGAAGCCAGAGGAGAUCAGUUUGAGACGGCCACUCCGGUUCGGGUAGACGAGGUGGAAGGAGGAGAAGAAGAAGAAGAAGAGGAGGAGGAGCGGGAGGAGGAGAGCGUGACUCCCUUUGACUACGGCAUCAUAGAAAUCCACACUGAGGAGACGCCUGCAGAGGAAACCAGUGAUGCAGUCUCUCAUCCUACAGAUUCGUACCCAGAAAUGGACCCAGUCCCUGAUGUCUUUACUGACUCAGAUGGAGUCAAAACUCAAGAACCAGGUGAUCACACAGCAACAAGAACCACCACCAUGACCCCAUAUAGACUCCUAGUCUCAUCGCCAGCACCAAGCACACCAUCAGGCCCAGCACUCCCCGUUGUCUCCCAGCCUGCCACCGUUGGAGUCUCCACCUACGAGGACAUGGAGGGCUCUGCGAGCCGCGGCACUGACGACGAGGCCGGAACCACGCAGGAGGAGGGCUCUGCAGACGACGCUCCGCCCACGCCGGCGGCGGGCAGCCAGUCCGCUGUGAUGACCGACGAGACGGAAAUCGGAGGGACGGAGCCUCCCACGCUUAUCCCAGACACACCGUCACAGGAAACCACCACCAUACAGACCCAGACGGAAGACUUCGAAGGGUCUGCGUCUGGAGAAGACGAGGCUUCAGGACAGGACGUGUACCCACCAGAGACCCCCAGGUUAACCAGCACGCUGCCACCGAUUUAUUCCACCCUUCACUCCCAGCAGCCUCAACCUGCAGCAGGUACCACAGCCACAGAGGUGCCUGUGGUUCCACCAGCUGUCGACUCAGACGCAGGCUCAGGUGCAGAGCAGCUGCCCGGAGAGGGGGAGGUUUCUGGGGAACAGGGUGGUCUGGUUGACCUUCCUCAAGAGGUCACUGUUACUGUUUUACCAGAUGUGGCAGCUGUGACGUUUGGAGACCAAACCACGCUCACCACAGACGCUAAAGACAUCACCUCAGAGCCGAGCACUCUAGGACACCCCACGCACUCCCCCCUUUCUGCCACAGAUGAUAAGAAAAACCCUUCAGUAACCACCGAGCCCGAACCCACAACCCCUAAAGACCACACCCGACACCCCACCGAGCUUCACAGGCUCCAGACUGAGCAGUCAACCACAACCUCCACACUCUCCACCACCUCACCUGUGUUCACUUUCGACCACAGCCCCCACUCCGUCCCCCAGUGGGCUCUGAUCCCUGACCCUGCCGCCACCCCUCUACCGGAGGAUGAUUCUUUGGACUAUGACAAAGAGAUCGUCCCUCCUCUGCUGGAGUCUCGUCCUCAGAUACCCGAAGAGACCACAGAGCAACCGGCGGGCGGCACUGGCUCGGCUUAUUCUGUGGAGGCCAACACUGUGAACGUCAGAGAUCUCCUGCCGUGCUCAACCAGUGUUUGUCAGAACGGAGGCUCCUGCUACAAGAAAGGAGCACAGAGUAUCUGUGUGUGUGCACCUGGAUACACUGGACAGCACUGUGAAACAGAUGUCGAUGAGUGCCAGUCUAACCCGUGUCUGAAUGGAGCCACCUGCCUGGAUGGAGUCAACUCCUUCACCUGUCUCUGCUUGCCCAGCUACGCAGGAGAGCUCUGUGAACAAGACACUGAGGUUUGUGGAUUUGGUUGGCAGAAGUUUCAGUCUCACUGCUACAAGUACUUCACACACCGUCGGACGUGGGACGCUGCAGAGAGGGAGUGUCGGCUGCACGGCGCCCACCUGGCCAGCAUCCUGUCGCAGGAGGAACAGCUGUUUGUCAACCGUCUGGGCAGUGACUACCAGUGGCUCGGCCUCAACGACAAGAUGUUUGAGAGGGACUUCAGAUGGACUGACGGCAAGCCAAUGCAAUACGACUACUGGAGGCCGAACCAGCCGGACAGCUUCUUCCAGUCAGGAGAGGACUGCGUGGUGAUGAUCUGGCAUGAGGGGGGACAGUGGAACGACGUGCCCUGCAACUAUCACCUGACUUUCACCUGCAAAAAGGGGACAGUCUCAUGUGGGCAGCCCCCUGUGGUGAAGGAUGCUCGCGUGUUUGGGGCCAUGAAGCCUCGCUACGAGAUCAAUUCCCUGCUCCGCUAUCACUGCAAACAGGGCUUCAUCCAGAGACACACCCCCACUAUACGCUGCCGGGCCAACGGCCAAUGGGACGUCCCCAGGGUCACCUGCACAAGCCCCGCGACCUACCACAGGUCAUUUACUCUGCGGCGCAGCAACAGCCAGAACAACGAGCAACAGGGCCGGCACUAUAACCACCACAUCCAUCACGGCAAGAGCCAGCAGAAACACAAUCAGAACCAAGAGCAACAACAAAGUUACGACGUGUUGCAGAGCCUCUGGAAGCCCUUCCUGCAGAGGGAGAAGAGGCAUUAGCAGGUCCGAGCACACAAGGAGGAUCAGAUGAGGCACUGAUCCGGUUUGUGGUUCGCGAUGGUAGCCAAACGGUCCAGAGUCAUCGAUAGACAGAGAGACGCACUGAACUGUCUAUCAAUGGCUCUCAACGGGACGAGGGACAAGUUUCACCACUAUGCUGUCCAAACACAGUCCAGGAUCUGAACCGCAACACUAGUGAGAAUUUAGUUUAAUUUAAAGUUAGCUCGCUCAUCAUAUCAAGUGUCAGCGCUCGAGGCAGGAAGAGUGGAGCCUUCACGGCUUCGUUUAACGCACCUGUGAGUCAUCGCUGUGUUCCCGGCCUGGUAGAGGAUCUGAACACAGGCUGAUUUUAAAGGUUCCCUGUGGAGUUUACAGUCACUGUUUCUCACCGUGUUGUAUCCUCGAGGCUUAAUUAGUUUGUUGAAAGGUCAUUUCUGAAAGAAUCUGAGACUUUGAUGUUAUUUCCAUCCAUGUUUGCUGGAUGUACUCUGGAGGAGCCGUUACGACCUGCGAGGCGAGGGUCAUCUAGUGAGCUAAACUGCUAGCAGAGUUAUCUUAUAGACCACAAAGGCUGGAGGUUUGACUAAGCUGCUCACUGACGUUUAUAAAGAAACAUGUAGAAAUGGAAAGACUGGGGCAGGAAUUGAUUAUGUGAUCAUGUGGGUUAUAUACACUGCGUCAGAAAUUAUUCGGUGAAAAUGUUUCCAUCUCUCAUUUAGUGCAUUAACACUUUUUGUAGAAGGCAAAAAUCACGCCAAGCGAGCGUAAAAGCUCUUUGGCAAACUUGAGGAAGUGUUUCGAACUUUGUUUCCAUCAAGCUUUUCAAAUGCGAUAAUUCGAAAAAACACAGCUGCUGUAUUUUUCACUUCACUGCAGAGUUUGAUGCAUUUUUCAAGAAUAGUUAUGUUCUUCUUCUCUUCUCACCUUCAGCAUCUGGCUGCUUCGGUUCUGUCCGUCUGUCAUGUGACUCUCACCUUACGGGUGGUAGCAGUCCCUCCAGAGUCUCCCAUCUGUGAGCUAAACCAGCCGAUCAGUGAAUGUUCCUGUUUCAAGUGCGUCGCUGUUUCCCUGUCGAGAUACAGCACUCUCUUAAAAACAUUGCUCCACAGCGCUACUAGUGGUCAUAAACUCCACGGGGUGCCUUUAAGACUACGGCACAUGUAAACUGAACAGCGUCGCCGCCACAACACACUAUUCACUGAAUAUCUGUGGUGUAUUUGUAUGAGAGCGUGCCCACUAGUUUUCAGAACUGAUCAGAAACGAUGCCAUUGAUAGAAUAUAAAGAGCAUGAAUUCUUCACUUUAAAUUAUUAUCAUAACUUCUGUCCGGUUUGGUUUGAGCUGUUUGUUGAUGACACGUUUUUACUGGCUGAUCUCACAUGUAGAUUUUUGUACAAAUGUUUUAGCUGAGAAAAGGUUUUAAAGGGAGAUUCAAAGAGCAGCACACACAGAGCUGAAGAGGAGAUUAUUAUGAAUGUGUGGUGUGUGUGUGUGUGUGCUGUGGAUAUUAAUCAUAGGGUAUAUAAUAUAGAUACUAUAUGAAGCCAUACGAAUUUAACUUAUUGUAUACUUUAAAACUAUGAAUGGACUGUGAUAUUAAAUAAAGGUCAUUGGAACUGAAGCGAUUCUGUUAAUGAUGACUUCCUCACUGUUUACAGAUUCUGUGAUGAAAACAUCUGAUCAUGUGAUUCACGCUGCCGUCAUACAUGUUCGCUGCAGGAGCCGCUGAUGCUUUUUAUUGUGACGCAGAAUCAUCCAAUGAACUGAUCACCAGCCGCUCCUGAUUGUUCUAAACGUUGAGUUGGUAGAUCAAAGUGUUCUCAGCUGGAGGUACGAUAGAUGUGCUUUUUCCUACAGAUCUGGAAUCUGUUCUUAAUCCAAUGAAUAAAGGAAUGUGAAAAAUGUGCUUAGAGACAACUUCUACUUGCUCCACAAGGUUUUUCGUCAUGUUCUUCAUACAUUUGCUUUAUAUAUUUUUUUUUUCUUUUUUUUGUUUGUCAAUGUAUAUGCUUUUUAAAAUGUUUUUCUACUCCAUGUGGUUCGUGGGGGUUCACUGUACCUGUGGCACAUGAGCUUAUUUUUAUGUAAUCAUUGUUUCUUUCUCCAUUUAAGUUACUGUAAAAAUGUCCAUCAUCACAGAUUCAAUGUCAGCUGCGCGUGCAAUAA